ACCCCCGGGGCCCCGGAAUCGAACCCAGGACCUUCCUAUUGUGAGACACAAGCACCAUCGUGCACCUCAAUCGGCGAGGCAUGAAAACGAAAGAGAAAUGUUUGUUUAGAGUCCCAGCUGAGGGACUGGUCUGACUUGAAUGUUCAGAGUGUAUAGUUAUUUACCGUGCAUUUCUUUCUGGCAUCAUAGUGCUGAACUACUUGGGAGUCACUGGAAGCUACCUUCACCUCCGUCCAGGGUUGGAUGUGCAACCUGGAACUACCCUCACCUCGGUCUACCUCCUGUAGGAACCCACGAUGGCUCAUGGUGGGGUGGUCCUGGACAGAGACCAGUUCAACUGCUCGGUGUGCCUGGAUGUCCUGAAGGAGCCGGUGACCAUUCCAUGCGGCCAUAGUUACUGCUCCGACUGCAUCCGUAGCUGCUGGGACCACUGGGGGGUCUUGAAGUGCCCUCAAUGUCCGCAGACCUUCAACAGCAGGCCGGAGCUCUGCCGAAACACCUUACUGGCUGACUUGUUGGAAAGAUUCAAGCAAAGUGGACACCUGAAGGCGUUGUCGGGUCAAAGUCUGGUGAAGAAGAAGGACAAGGCCAUCAGUCAGGUGAUGCGACAACUGUUGGAUAAAUUAAACCCGGAUGAGCAGAAAGUUGUCCAGGAUGAGUUGGAUUCCAGGGAUGAAAAGACACGAGUGUACAGAAUGGCUUUUCUGGUGAUAGAUAAGAAGCAACUUGAGGAGCAGAAGACGCAGAUGGAGAGAAAGACCUUCAGAGACCAGAAUAAGUUGAACAGGACCAAGAAGAAGGAACAGGACAAUGUGGACGCGUGCGAGGAGAAGUUGAGGCUGCGAGAAAGGGAGGCGGAGGAGAUGGUUGACAAAAGCCAGGCUCGAGUGGACAACACCCAGGAGGAACUGGACCAGAUCGUGAAGAAGUUGAAGGACAACGACCAGGAGUAUGAAGAGCUGAGGCAAGAACGCCGUGAGGUUCUCCGGGCGUGGGUUGGAAAUGACAUGCCACACUGUUCCUACGAGCUCGGAGAGGGCGAGACCCCGAGGGACGAGGGUCUGAAGGACGAUGCCGAGCCGGUGCCAGCAAAGAAGACUAAGGACACUUUAUAAAGUCGUAGGUUUAUCAGACAUCUCGCUGGCACAAAGCUCAUUUAUUCUCUCUCAGCGUACACAUUGGAAUUUGCUAUCGUCUAAUUUCCGUUUUUUUAGAUCCUAGACCUGCACGGCAAAAAACUGUAGAGUUGAAUCAACUCCCGCAGAGUUCAUUCUGACACCUUUUUAAAGGUUUAUACAGUUCCACACUAUUCAACACUAUGCCAGAGUUCCUUCUUUGAAUCAUCAAACUGGUUUGAAUGAUCACUAAGUCAGGUAAUACUUUAUCUUGCUUGUGUUUGAGCUCACAAAUCUACAGUUGUGCAUCACGAUAUGUCCUAAAAUAGUCAAGCUUGUUAUUGUGACAGGAAGUAGGGUUCCCAGGUGACCAGACUUCCCUUCCAGGGAAGUAAAGUUACUGGUCAAUCCCAAGUUCUUUCAGAUGACAUAUAUGCAGAGUAAGAAGGACCUUCAAGACAGAAUUGGAAUAUUAUCAAGUUUUACUGAAACUUUCAGGAGAACCACUUAGACCAAUACAUUCAUACCGGCUUCCUAAGUUGUUCUAACAUUCAAACAGGAAGAGAAAACUUCUUGAAUACGCAAACAGACCCCACCCACUCCAGGAAGGAAUACAUGCUCAUUGUUCUACUACAGAUUAAGAUAUAAGGGAGUAGUCCAACUCCUACAUUCCAAGUUUUCAAGGUAACACACACAGUUUACUUGCGGACAUAAAAUGAAGAAAUAGAAACAAAACAUGACUAUGAGUACAGAAAGAACUCUUAAACAUAUAUGCUUUCUCCACACCGGUCAGGCUCGUUAGACAUCGGGAAUCUCCGUGAGAUUGUUCUCGUUUUGAUCACAUCGCUUUACCCACAGACUCUGUAAGACUUGUUGUGUUCUAAAUCAGAUACUAGGUGACUUGUUUUCCCCGUGAUACUGCCACUUCAGAAAGUGGACUUUACAGGUGUCACUGUUGUGAACUGAUAUCAUUGAUGGAAAUAAAGUUGAGCAAAAGAUGCACGGCUUUCCUUUUUGUGGAGUGUUUGGUCAAAUUCAAGGUUUUGGAAAAGUGUUUGGUCAAAUUCAAGGUUUUGGAAAAGGUCAACAUGACUUACUUACUUACUUACUUACUUAGUCCUCUUGCACUUCAGGGCGCGUAGAGCCGAC